GGUUUUAAAAUUUCUUUAUAAUUAGGAGAAAUAGGAAAUGUAAAGUAUUUCAAAGUUGCUGAGAUGGUGUUUACUCCUGGGUAACUGCUAAUUACUGCUAGGGUAUAUUACAGAUGUUAUCUCAAAAACAUGUUAUUGCAUCUUGGUCGUAGCUGCUACAAUAAUUCAGCUGAAUCGUGGUGAAUCGGUUCAAACGCAUCAACAGAUUCAGUUCACAAAACUGAUUCGUCCAGAAGAAGCACGUGGUAAAAGAAGGCGGUGUUCCAGGUCUCUCUCGGCGGCUCCCCCUGGCGGCGCUGCGGGUACUCGGUGAGCGCUGCUCGGCUCCAAGGUUAAUCAUUCACCCCGCGAGCCGCCGCGCUAGAUAAGUUACUCCUCAGGGGCCGGCGCGCGGAGCGGUACUUUCAUCAAGGUAUGCGCGCCUGCUGCAUCUUAGCAUGGGCGAUUUCAGGAGUAGGAGUGGUUCUGAGAGUGCGGCUGAUGAAGGUGGUGCUGACCCGGUUCUGUUGGUUGUGCCUUGUAGAGAGGAGGAGGAUGAGGACGUGGCGACCGUGGUGUUGGUUCGCCGAGCCGGGGAGGAGGAGGAGGGCUCUGGAGCGGCCGGGCGGCCCCGGGAGGACGGAGGGGAGGACGGGGCUCGACUCCCAAAAAACUCGCGGCCUACCGGCGUCCCCGGGCGGCUGCUCUCGGCCGUGUGUCGCAGCUGCCGGGGAGCAGGACCGGAGCGCACGGGGCGGCCAGCAGCGGAAAUAACAACAACAACAGCGGAGAACAAGCCAGCAUGUGCUGCUCUUGGACUCGUCUACACUCUGCUGGCCUCGGUUUUCUUCUCAAUCGCUGCUCUCCUUGUGAAGAAAAUUGAGGGCAUGCAUGCUGUUGAAAUCAGUGCAAUACGGUGCUUUUUCCAGAUGCUGUUUGUUAUUCCUCCUAUGAUCUACUACAACACUGGGUUUAUAGGGCCGCGUGGCAUGCGAAUCUACCUGUUCCUGAGAGGGUUUCUAGGCUCCAAUGCGAUGAUCCUGCUGUACUAUGCCGUGCUGCAGAUGCCCCUGGCUGAUGCCACCGUCAUCAUGUUUAGCAACCCCGUCUUCACGUCUCUGCUGGCCUGGAUUUUCCUGAAGGAGCGCUGCACCAUCUGGGAUGUGGUCUUCACUGUGUUCACGCUUACCGGUGUCAUCCUCAUAGCCAGGCCUCCUUUUCUGUUUGGUGGAGAGCCAACGGGAAUUGAGGGCGAUUACACCAACCACAUUAAGGGCACGGUGGCAGCCUUCGCUGGGGCCAUCGGGGCAGCCUGCACUAUGGUGAUUCUGAGGAAGAUGGGCAAAAACGUCCAUUACUACCUUUCCACCUGGUACUAUGCUGUGCUGGGCUUCAUCGAGUGCAUCGUGGCCUUGUUCAUUAUUGACGAGUGGACGAUGCCGUCCUGCGGCUGGGACCGGUGGAACCUGAUGGCUAUCGGCAUUCUGGGUAUAGCUGGGCAGAUGUUCCUGACCAAAGCUCUGCAAAUCGAGAAGGCUGGCCCAGUAGCGCUCAUGAGGACUAUGGACGUGGUUCUGGCCUUCGUCCUGCAGUUCCUCUUCCUCAAUCGCAGUCCAACCUGGUGGAGCGUCGGUGGAGCUCUGUGUGUGAUCAGCAGUACCAGCGGCGUGGCGCUGAGAAAGUGGUACAACAGCAGCAGACAACAAACCUGAGCUCCACCUGAGUUUAUACAUUUAUAAUUUUAUUGAUAAAACUGAAAAUGAGAUAUUGUGCACUAAUUAGCUUUUUUGUAGCAACAUUUUAUAUUCAAGGUCGUAGACCAGUCAAAAGUUUGGAUAUACCUUUUAAUUUAGUGGGUUUUUUUUAUUUAUUAUUUUUUUUCUACAUUAAUGUAAAUGAAUACUGAAGUCAUCCAGACUAUGAGGGAACACAUAAGGAAUCAUGUAGUAACUUGAAAGUGUUAAACUAACCAAAAUUAUCUGGGGUGCUAUUGACUUGCGCUUAUCCUAUGCAACAGAGGUAAGUCUUGCUCUUCUAUUUCUGCAGUGGUCCUGAUGAGAGCCAGUUUCAUCAUGAUGUUUUUCAUGGUCUUUGUGACUGCACUUCAGGAUACUUCACAGCUCUUGAAAUGUUUCAGAUUGACGACCUUCGUUUCUUAAAGUAUUUUUUUCUUCUCUUAGUUGAGUAGUUCUUGCCAUAGUAUGGAUUAGAACAUUACUCAAUAGGGCUAUUCACUGUAUACCUGUAACUCUACCUCUUCACAACUUUAAAACUGAUGCUCUCAAACACAUUAAGAGGGCAAGAAAUUCAAGAAAUAACCCUUUGAAGAGGCACAGCUGUUACCUAAAGGCCAUUCCAUGUGACUCUACUUCAUAAAGCUGAGGUGCUACUUUGAAGAAUAUAAAAUAUGAAACACAUUUUGGUUCGUUUAACAAUUUGUUUUUAGUUACCAAAUAAUUCAAUAUGUUUUUCUCUGUAGUUUGGAUGACUUUAGUAUUAAUCUACAAUGCAGAAAAAAAUAAUAAGAAAAAAACUUUUGACUGUACUGUACAUUACAAGACUUUAGCUUAAAACCUAUAAACACUAUUUUUUUAGAGAGCAAAUACUCUCUAAUUAAGUGGGAAUAUAUAUGUCAUAUUUUUCUAAAUUAUACUAAAAGCUUUUCUACAUUUUAUCUACUGUAUAUGGAGAUAAAACUGUCUAUAUUUGUAGGGCCUUAUUAUAACAUACUGCUGGACAGAAUAUUGCUGGAGAGAGUAUAUUAACCUAGAAAACCACUAGGUUUUCACUAGAUUUGCACUUGCCCAUUGACAUUGGCAUUAUUUUAGAGUGGCAUAAGUAAUACAUUUUAUUAUUAAAAUGUGUUUCUACUGUGUUUAUAUAUUUGAUUAAUUUCUAUGAAGAAGAGAGUCUGUCUGUUUUGAGAUGUUUUAUUUAAAGUUUGUUAAUCAGGGCAUGUUCUAUUCAAGCAGUUCAUGAUACUUGAAACAAUAGAUUUAACCAAAGUUUACUACACAAACCAAACCUUAACAAGAUAAGUAGUGAUUUAUUUAUCUUUAUUUAUUUAUUUAAAAGUAGAGCAACCAAAGUAUUUUAGAUUUAGGGUGUGUCCCAGUUGUGUACUACUGACUGACUAUUUUUUGAGUAUGAUGUAUGUAGCAUUAUCCCACAGUGCAGCACAAAAGAGUCCUGUGAGUGUCCUGUGAUAAUGUCCUGCGAGUACAAAAUGGGUUAGUACAUAAAUAUUUUGUGUACUUUUAAAACUUUUCACACCUGCCUAAUUAACAUUUAUUAUAAUGCGUAUACUAGGUUUAAAGAGUGGGUUCAAAAAAUAUUUCAUUUAAAUAAUCUGAUAUUGAUUCAUAAAAAAACCCGAGCUCAGUAUUUAACCCGGUCUGCAGUUAACAGACAUUCUGAAAUGUAAAAUUCGCUCUCCCUCUGUUUCUAUUACAUCACAGUGCAGAAAUAUGAUUCACGCAGUUUCUGAAUCAGUAGUCAAAUUUUUCCAGUGUAUCCAGUUCUGAGACAGCACAUGACUCACAGCCAGAGUUACAGGCCUAUGAAUAAAGGCAAAGACCCAAUCCCAUUUUGCCCUACCACUUAGCCCUAUCCCUGUGUUUUGUGCAUGCCUAGAGGCAGGGUGUUAUAAUUCUUGUUAAGGAUGUCCCAAUAAAAUUUUUUGGCCCCUUGAGACCGAGUCAUUUGGAACCGAUACAGACUACCAAUCAGAUGCUUUUGCAAUGCAGCUUAAAAAAAGACAGAACACAUCCAAGUUGUUAAGGUUAAGGUUUUUAAAUUCGGUAAGUCUUUAAUUAUAAUUGAAACAACCGUAUCAAAACAUAAUAUUUUUAACAAAAAAUAAACAUAUACUAAAUAGCAAAUACUAAAUAAUUUACAUUUUAAAUGAACAAAAUAAAAAAGUCUGCGAAAUCAAAUAUCAGACAGAAAUACCUUGUCACAAUUUUCUGAGUACACUGACGCAACAGAAAUUGCAUUUUAAACUUGCAUUUAACUAUGUAUAGUUUAAAAUGUGAGGUAAUGGAUAUUCCUUGUGAAUCUGUUAAAAAAUGCAUAUGUAUCUUAAUAUUACAACUUUAAUAUUUGUUUCUAUGUACUGACUUACCAGGGGGAACCAAUUAAUUAGCACACACACCCUCACAGACACUGAGGGAGAAAAUUGUGCUAGCAGUACUGUGGCUAAUUGUACUUUACACAGCUGUUCAAUAGGAAAUAAAGUUGAAUAAGUUGUCCCUCAAUCUCAAGCCCGGCUAUUUUUCCACCACGCUUGCACUGGCAGAAUGAUACACCAUUUGUAAAAGCCUUGUCGCUACUCAAAUUCACACUGAACCUGCACUAUAGAGCUUUAAUGAAACGACUAGCACUAGUCUACUGUUUACUGUCUAUUUCUGUGUGCUCACUCUCCACUUCCUGUUCCAAACCUUGUGUGAUCAGACCCAAUAUCCAGUUACAUAUUCAGAUUGGGGACAUCUCUACUUCUUGUUAGGCUGGAGUGGUAGGUUAGGAAAUGUGUUUUUUGGGAGGAACACUCCAAAUAAAGGGCUAUGAGAAUCACUGACAAAACAGCUUUGGCACAAGCGACCAAAGAAACCAACAAAUUUGAGUAUUUUAUUUGUGGAAAAUUAUGAAAACCAUUAUAUCACCAUAGUUGAAUGUGUAGUUUCAAUGUUUUAUGGCAAUUAUUUUUCACAACAAGCAUAAACAAAUCUCUGCUGUCUGUUACACCAUUUAAGGCAAAACAGGAAAGUUAGCUAUAAAACUAUAAAAGUACAGUUAGCCACAGUAGGCUAUUGCUAGCAUACACACACCCACCCUUACAGACACUUUCCUGUUCCGCCUUAAAUGGUGCAACAGACAGCAGAGGCUGCAGCAUUUAAGGUGAAACAGAAAAAUAAAAUAAAAGCUAAUAAAAGCUCCCAGAAUCAAAGUAAAAUUAAGGAAUGGACAAUAAUAAUGAAUUGCUGCACCACCUGCCCCCUUUCUGGAGACAUACGAUAAAGCCCUAAAGUUAACUAGUUAACUAGCAGCAGCUAGGUCACUGAACUAUAGCACGUAACUGCUAUAGCUAUACCUGUAUCAGGUUCUUGAAAGGUUUUCUCAGUUCUUAGGGGGAAGAUUUUACCCAUUCUCCUUGUAACUCUCUAAAAAACAAGAGGUAAGGUUACAAAAAUGAAAUGGGUUUGGGCCUAAGUGGACUUGUUUGACUGGUGGAUUCUUGUAUCCAUCAUUAGCAUCUACACUGCAUUUGGUGGAUUCCGUUUAUGUUAUUUCUAUUCAUAUGCAAACAAAACCUGUAAUUGUAACGGAAAUAUCCCUAAAUAAAUCAAAUAGACUCAAAUUAAAUCAGUACUUUGUGAAUUGAAAUUCAUUUGGGAAUUCUGUGUUGAUACCCAGCCCUAGGAUAUAACUUAUGGUAUUAGUCUGCAGUGCACAGUUGGGAUGCAGCCUUUGUCUACUUUCUUAGUCAUAGUUGAUACUUUAAUGCCAGAUUCAUCUCCAACCCUUAUGUUUCCACUGUUGCUUAUGAACUUCCUGCUGUUACGUUUGACCUAUGGAAUAUGAUGUAUUGUUAUUGCGUGUUUGUUUUGUAAAGUUGCAAGAUGUUGAAGCACUUGACACUGACUGCCUGUGUGUAAUUUGAUCAGAUGCACUUACAGAUAAUGGUUUAUUGAUUAAACGCACAUUUGUUGUGAGACUUUGUUGCAAUACCAUAUCUGUUCAUAUCCAUCCAAGUUCAUUCCUUGGUGUUAUUUAUAUUUCUGUAGAAUUACCAGCUUGAAUGAAGUCUUCCCUAGGCUUGAGUGUUUUUUAUUAUUAUUAUUAUAUAAUUAUAUACAAUUUAAAACAAAAUAAAUAUUUGUUGUUGACCACCAGUUAUCCUUUACUACCCACGUUAACCCUUUAACGUUCAACUUGGCUCUUAGGUACAUAGAGCACAUUUUGAGUCACUAUAUCUGGUUGUGCUAUUUCUACCAAUAAGGGUAAAAAAUAUAUAUUUUCUUUGUAUUUCAAUGGUAUGUCAUGAAUGCAAACCAGCAGUGCUUUAUACCAUAUUACAAUAAAUAAACGGAAUUCAAUCUCAAACAA